AUGAAGCUUCCCAUCUUCAAUCGCUCAUCACAAGAGCACACAGACAAGCCAGCAAAGCCCAAAACCUAUAAAAUCGUAUUCAGAAAAUGGCCUCGCCUAGCGAGAAAGGCGGUUUGGUGGCUGAUGCCUCUCGAGCUGAUAGGAGUCGUGGCCGCUCUGGUUAUCUUUGGCAUCUCUCAACCCGAUCUCUACCGAAGCGAUAUGUGGAAGAUUGGUUGGCAACAUGAUCCUCCGCUCAACUCAAACCCUGCCAUAGUCCUCUACGCUUAUGCCAACCAUCGACCUUUACCCAAGAUCGCCCUUGUCUGGACAAGAACAUUUACCGAUUUCAACGUUGCCAUCUCGGUCAUCUCGCUCUUCUUUCUUCUCGGCAAGCUUACAGCUUUCAUCAUGAGGUGCUGGUACCCAAUCUUUGCCACCUUUAUCAAUUGCAGCUUGGUCGCUUUGUACGCCGUUUGCACCUAUGGAACCAUUGGACCCGACUAUGCCGACUCACGAUAUCCCGCACCUGCAGCCUGGUACUACCGUUUUGGAUGCGACAUUGCGCGGCCUUAUGGAAAGUACAAGAGCUGCAUGAUCGCCAAAUACUCCCUUGUCCCGGCUGUGUAUAUGCUCUUUAUUUAUGUUUGCAGCUUGGCCUUGUCAAUCUAUGCCCUCCUCCCCAACAGGAUCAAUGAUAUUUCCGAUGACGAUGAUGAGGAAGAGGGAUCUACGACAUCGGAACCAAAGGACAGAGGUGUUUGGGAAAUGCACAAUAUGAAGACGCCUGAUGCCCGAGCGAUGCCGUAUACUCCUCGAACACAAGCGUUUCAUACUUUGGAUCGCCAACUGCCGCUGCGGUCCCAACAGAACAGGUACGGGUGA